GUUGUUUGUAAACUCUUUGCUACCCUUCACUUUGCAUUUGUUAUUAACCUUUGUCCAUACCAUAACAUUUAAUAUCGUUUCUUUGCAUGCAUGCAAAUUCUUCUUCAGUUGCGCAACUUUGCGCGACUUGCAAUUAUUUUCAUGUGAUACGUGGCGUAUGUGUAACAAGCCUCUUGAGGCCAAAAUCCCAAACACAAAAAUUCAAACACAAAUCAACGUAAAACUUACAGCUGACAGUUCAACGUCUCAUUUACGCAUAUAAAAGUCGUAGAGUGGCAGCUAAAGCUAAAUGCGACAAUUUCAAGUUCAAAUUCAAUACAAUUUAAGCAUAGCACUCAUACGCCCCGUAUGACGACCUUCCGACAAUUAAACAAACAAUGUGGCAGGCAACCAAUUAUGGCGCGUAGCAAGCAAGCACCAGCUGCAGCAGCAGCGGCAACAACAAACAUUGUUUUUGGAUUUUGGCUAUUGAAAUGCGCGUGCCACACACACGCACCACAGGUUGACAGAGCAGCAGCAACAACAACAAGUAUAACAAAAAAAAAGUGUUAAAUGGUGUCGACAAUUUGUUGACGAGUGCAUCAAUGGACUUGCACGAGAAAAUUGCUUGGCUUAACUAAAAAUUGUGCUUUAGCAAUUUCUAGGCCUGUGCAUCACCAAAUGCAAUGCCUUUAAUUGUAGAACUGGGGCAGCAGUCGCCGCAGCAGCUCAUCCCUAAACAGGGUGUUGUAGCUCGCGUGGCGCAGCUCAGUUGAGCGGGUCAAGCUGACAUUGACACUGAUACGGGAGCGUUUUCAGCUAACAAUGCGAACUUCUCAACGUAUAAAUAUGCGACGCAUGCGCCGUAGUUUGUCACACAGCGAAACGCGUUCAAACGUGCGCGUUAAAGACAGAAACUAGAGCAGGCGCAACUGAAACAACAGCAGGAGCUUAAAGGAGCAGCAUGACGAGUCCAACGCUGUGCUUGCUGCUGACGUUGGUGGUGGCCACGCAAGCAGCCACACAUGUAAACAUAUCCAUAGCACAGCAGCCAGCUACAAAUCCGGCCGAUGUGAGCUAUGUUGAUGGUUCCGCUGGCGAACUGCGUGCAGGACCGCAGCAACACUUUGAGCGGCUGCAGGAGCGACCAGCACAACAGCAGCAGAUGCAACAGCAACAACAGACACAGCAGCAACAGAUGCCCAUGCAGCAGCAGCAGCAGCAGCAACAAUCAGCACAGGUGGCGCCACAGCAAAAUUUGUCGCCGCGUCAGGGUUUGGGCUUGCAGCCUGUGUCCAUGAAUACGGGACGCAUGCCACAGCGUCGUCGCCAGCAUAACAGACGCCCCUCGUUGCAGCAGCUGCCGCCACAUAGUGGACAAUUCAGACAGCGCAGUCAGCAGCAUCGUCAGAAUCAGGAAUUUGAGCGUUAUAUACAAUCCUAUCAUAGUCAUGGACCCUCCGUGGAAACAGUAUAUGAAUCCUCAAAUCCCACGCCGCAACGCUACACGCAGUCUGGCUCCAGCUCAAGCUCUAGCGUCAGCUCAAGCAACUUGGCUGCUGCCUCGCCAGCUGAUGAUGUUGUGUCCAUUGGUGCUGGCAGUGGCGCCAGCAAAUCCGCGCAGCUGCGCAUGUUUGAACGCCAAGUGGCGGCGCCUGUAGCUCAGAGCGCCAAUGUGGAGCAAGCGCAGGACAGCAAACCCAUUUAUGAAGCGCCUGCACCAUCGCCUAGUUCGGCAGCAACUUCAAGCGUCAGCGUGUCCAGCGGCUCCAGCAGCUCAGCAGGCGGCGCACCAGCUGUUGCUGAAUCCUCUUUCAACAUUGAUCAAUCGUACAAUCGUCCUAGCUAUGAGCCCAACAGCUACAACUAUGAGGAUGCGCAGGAGUCAGACUACCAAGAUCAAUAUCCACCCGCUGUAGAUGAAAACGCUGGUAGCUAUGAUGACUACUCGGAUCAGAACAAUGGUUACUUGCCGCCAGCACGUGGUUAUGGAGCGCAUGCGCCACCACGCCCACUGGUGACCAAGACCAUUCAGAUUGCGCAGCCCGCUUUGAAGGCCAAGAAGUACGAAGUGCGUCAUCCGGCCAUACAAAAGGAGUUCUAUGACAUUGAGGAGCGUGUGGUCAUCAAGCCCGCUGGCACUUUGGUUGUGGAGCUGGAUCAUCCUGUAGCUAAAAUACCCAAGGGAGAGACACUGCUGCCGCUAGGACAUCCACAUCCUGCUGUGGCCGCUGCCUACAGCAACAAUGGUCAAGUGGAAACACAAAACUACAACAACAAUGAGUAUAGACCACAGGUCUCGCCAGCCAAGGAGCAGUCUCAGGUCACCACCAUUGGCUCCAGCGUAACCACUAUGCCCAGCUAUGAAACAGCGCCCAAACAAGAAUUUGUGGAGCAACAGCUGCAGUCUCAAGAUGUGCCCGAUGCGCCACAGGAAGACACACUCAGCGCCAGCGAUAGCCAAGGCAAUCAGUAUCAGAUUAACAAGAAGCACUUGUCGCCCAAGAUGUUGACACGCCAGGAGCCCGACUACGGACGCAGUGAGGCCAGCUUCCCAGCUGUGUCUGCCCAGCGUGGCUAUCAACGCAACAGCUACAAUCGCCAGGCCUAUCAGCCAGCCAGCAAUGAUGACUACUUCAGUGGCGAGUACUUGCCCAAUGCCAAUGCAGCCAAUAUGGAAUCAAAGCCAGCGCGUCUGGAGCAGCAGCCGCCACGCCCACAAAUCAUCAAGCAUGAGCAUAAUUUGCAUUUGCCGCCCUCGCAGCAUAAUAUCUAUUUGGGACGCAGUCGCCAGCCACCACCAAAGGAACUGGAGCUGCCCGCACAUGUAGCUGAGGUCAAGCCUUAUCUGCGCCAGCAUGUUGGUCCAACUGUUGUCUAUGGCAAGGCCACAGCGCGUGCAAUGCCAGCGGCAACUAGAAGCUAUAACUAUGCCCAAAGCUCACAUCAGCGCAGUCCUUUGGCUGAGGAGCUAGAAUACAGCGCGCCCUACUCACGCAUGCGUAUGGAGCCCAUGGAACAUCAUCAGCAGCAGCAUCAUCACUCCGCGCGUCUGCAGGAGUCACCCAAAAUGAUGGUGGAGCAGGAGCAAAAGUCAGCUGCCAAGGCGCAAAUACAUUUGCAAAUUCCACAUGAACACGACAAGGAUCAGUCUAUUGUAGCUACAGCUACCAUAAGUCCUGCGCCCGCCAAGCCCGACUGUGACCAACUGCAGCAGACGCAGACACAAAUGAAUGUUUCUCCGGCACGUCUGCGCCAGCAUCAACAUCAACAUUUCCAGCGUCUGGUCGAGGCACCCACUUCAGUUGCGCCCACCACCCAGGCCACGCCUACGCCCACACAGCAGGCAUUGGAUGUGGAUGUCUCGUUGAACGGCGCCGCUGGCCAUCUCAAUCGUCACCUGCAGCCCAAUGAGCGUGUCAUCUCUGCCACCGCUGCGCCUACAGAUGCCGCCGCCACCAGAGAAACUUUCCACACGCGCCGCAUUGUAGUCAAUCAUCCAUUCCAGACGGUGCGCGAGGUUGUCGAGCAUGAGCCCAUCACCAACUAUCAUCACAUUCAAGUGAAUGAGCCCGCUUCACCGCAGCUUUACCAUCAGGCCGCUUACUAUCAGCAGCCGCUGCAGACGCAUGGCAAUCUGGUCGUAGUGCACCAGACUACCCCACCUUAUGGACCAGUUUUUGGUUAGACGCAUCAGACGCUCCGAUUAGUUGUAGACCUGGAUUUGUUUAGUGGACAACGAUUUAGCAUUUUUUAUAUAUAAUUUAAAAUUAUUAAGCAUUCCAUUUUGGUGGUAGGGCCCUUACCAUGAUCUGUUUGUUGUAGACGUAAUACCUGUAUUUUAGACCUAGCCCUUAUUUGUAAGCCCAGUUUUACUUGCCAAGCAAUAAAAUGCAUUCAAAAAUGCUACGAAAAUAAAUUAAAAUUGUUUAU